CAAAUUGCACCCAUGCAAGCCAUGCUAAGUUGGUGCACCCAUGUCGAAAGUUCUGGUGCUCUUGCCCGCUGGUCCGUCCGUAUUCCAGGCACCCCACUGUGUCCAAGCUCCAAGCUGAGCUCCGGUCGGAGCUAUGGAGCUCGGUAGCUCGGCGGCGGCCAGAAAAGGUAAUAACGACAUCAUCGCGCCAGCCAAAAAGCAACAACCAGGUACAAGCCGCGACAACACUCAAUCGUCAACAACCUCGACGUUAACUUUUCGACAACAAAUAACGAUCCACAUCGACUAACCUUCAAGAUGUUCCGCUCAUUCAAACCCCGCGACACGGUGACGCUCUUCCACAAGGCCAGCAGCCCAGCCUCGAUGAGGGUCCUGACGCUGCUCAAGCAGACGGCAGCCAGCGCCAGCGAGACGGCGACCGAGGAUCAGGUCGGCGACCACUCCGCGCACAAUGAGACGCAGCGCUCGCGCCCCGAGUUCGAGCUCAACGUGACCGAGGACCUGCCCACCGAGGGACAGCUGCAGACAAUCCUGGAGUAUAUCGGCCAGCCCGCCAUCCCGGAGCUCGUCAAGGGCGCCAACUCCGUCACCGAGGCGCUCAAGAAGUACAAGUCGGACAAGGAGAGCUUCCAGAGGCCUGUGGUUGUGGACUGGAACAAUGGAAGGGCCGCGAUUGGAGAGAACGAGUCGCAGAUUCUAAAGAUGCUGAACGAGCUCAAGAAGGAUUAGGAGAGUGGCUUGCUGGUGUUACAGUCUCCAUAGCCAUGGCCCUGCUUGCAAAUACUUGUCAAACCGCAUAAAAGGAUCCGGCGCGAUAUAAUGAAGCGUCACAUUUUUAGUUUCCUGACAAGGCCUGUACGAGUUGUUCAGUCUGAAUGAUAAAGCGCUGAGGUGCGAAACUCCCCUCUCUCCAUGUGACUUCUUUUUUGUUUAGUCAAAUUUGUAUGAUUUACUACGAGCACUCUUUUUCCUUGUCUUGUCUGGUAAACGCCACUUCUAGAAGACGGAAGAAAGUUUUGUUUGGCAUGGGUAAUGCCGCUUGUCAAUAUGACGGUGAGGUGGUGUGACAUAGGGGCGGCGCUCCCGUCGUUUGUUUGCACUUGGCGAUUGGACGGGUUAAUAUCCGCCAACAAUGUUUUUCUUACCUGGCUACUUGUUGCCUCGUUUGCGUCUAUAGCUUGUUGAUACGGGUUUCGCCGGGCUGUCAAUCUCAGGGAGAUUGUUGGAGGGAUUGGUUUUCUGUCCUAAUCUGAGUAUAGGGGCUUCUCACUCUUAUACCGCUCUUCUACACCUUCAAUGAGCGUUUAUUUGGCCAUCGGUGAUAUAUGUGGUCAACGGCCUAUACGCUCUAUCAGGCUUGGGCAAACGCCAGGGGGACACGAACAUUGGGUCAAAUUCCCUGUAUAUCUACACGACUGUGCGCUUAAGGACUUCAGUACUAAGAGCAGCAUCUCCUCAAACACGACAAGGCAUGAAUUCUUGCACUUUGAGGGA